CCCUCAAGAUGUCCUUCUGGUUCGUCUUCCACUUCCACUCUCGCCUGAAAAAUCGUAUCGUCUUCCCUCCAAUCCACCCAGCCAUGACGGUGGAGACACUCCCCCAACCGAACGGCGUCGUUUCCAAUGGCGGCGGCGUUGAUACAAACUCUACCUCCAACGCUCCCAAGAAAUCGCGGGAGAGCGAGCGCCGUCGUCGGAGGCGAAAGCAGAAGAAAAACAAAGCUGCUCGCGCCGCCGAUGACGCUACCGGAGACGAUAGCGAUGAAUAUGCCAAGGAAAACCAAAAUCCGCAGCAGGUUCUUGAGCAAGUUGAGAUCGAGUAUGUUCCUGAGAAAGCAGAGUUAGAAGAGGGUAUGGAUGAGGAGUUUAGAAAAAUAUUUGAAAAAUUCAGUUUCCAGGAUUCAGCUGGUGCUGAGGAGGAUAAGAAAGAUGAAUCUGCUGAGAAAGCAGCUGCAAAUAAGAAUAGUGACUCAGACUCAGAAGAGGACGAGCAUGACAACCAACUAAAGGAGAAAGGUGUGUCAAACAAGAAAAAGAAGCUUCAACGGCGGAUGAAGAUCGCCGAACUUAAACAGAUAUGUGCGAGGCCUGAUGUUGUUGAGGUGUGGGAUGCAACUGCUGCAGAUCCCAAGUUGCUGGUCUUUUUGAAAUCCUAUCGAAAUACCGUACCAGUGCCUAGACAUUGGUGCCAAAAACGGAAAUUUUUGCAGGGCAAGCGUGGUAUUGAGAAACAACCUUUUCAGCUACCUGAUUUUAUUGCUGCAACUGGAAUUGAGAAAAUUAGACAGGCUUACAUUGAAAAAGAGGAUAGCAAGAAGUUGAAGCAAAAGCAACGAGAACGUAUGCAGCCUAAGAUGGGCAAAAUGGAUAUUGACUAUCAGGUUCUCCACGAUGCAUUUUUUAAAUACCAGACUAAGCCAAAGCUGACAAGUCUCGGUGAUUUGUACCAUGAAGGCAAGGAGUUUGAGGUAAAAUUGAGAGAAAUGAAGCCAGGUAUGUUGUCACAUGAAUUAAAAGAAGCUCUUGGUAUGCCAGAUGGUGCGCCUCCCCCAUGGCUCAUCAAUAUGCAGAGAUACGGUCCUCCACCAUCAUAUCCACACCUAAAGAUUCCUGGGCUAAAUGCUCCUAUUCCAGCUGGAGCUAGCUUUGGUUAUCAUCCUGGAGGCUGGGGUAAGCCUCCUGUUGAUGAAUAUGGACACCCGCUAUAUGGAGAUGUUUUUGGUGUUCUGCAACAUGAACAGCCUAAUUAUGAGGAAGAACCUGUCGAUAAGACAAAACACUGGGGUGAUCUGGAGGAGGAGGAGGAGGAGGAGGAAGAAGAAGAGGAGGAGGAGGAAGAAGAGGAAGAAGAUCAAAUGGGUGAAGAAGAAUUAGGAGAUGGCACACAAUCUGUGGAAAGUUUCUCGAGUACUCCUACUGGUGUUGAGACACCUGAUGUCAUUGACCUGCGUAAGCAGCAGAGAAAAGAACCGGACAGGCCGUUAUAUCAAGUACUUGAAGAAAAAGAGGAGAGAAUUGCUCCAGGGACACUGCUCGGAACAACCCACACAUAUGUUGUCGGGGCCGGCACACAAGACAAAUCGUCAGCUGCUGCUAAAAGAGUUGAUCUACUUAGAGGCCAGAAAACAGAUAAAGUGGAUGUCACUCUACAACCCGAAGAAUUGGAAGCUUUGGAAAAUGUUUUGCCUGCCAAAUAUGAGGAAGCUAGAGAAGAGGAGAAGCUUCGGAGUCAGCGAGAGGAUUUCAGUGACAUGGUCGCAGAGAAUGAGAAGAAGAGGAAGCGUAAAAUGCAAGAGAAGGAAGGGAAAUCGAAGAAGAAGGAUUUUAAGUUCUAGAGUACUAUCAUCAUCAUCAAUUUGGGAGGGACAUUAUUAUAACCCAUUUUCUAUGGCCAGCCCCAUUUUGCAUGGGUAAAGCCCAAGAGCCCAAUGUUUUCAGAGUGAGUUUUUUUUAUGAGAUGUAUUACACUCGGUUGGGUUGGUAGUUAAAGUCAGUGUAUUAAGUUUGGUCAAUAUAAUGACUUGUAACACCUGAGCUAGUCUGUUUCUGUAGCAACUUUGGUCAAAUGAUAUAUACGAGUAAAGUAUAUUACUGUA